GGGCUGAUCAGCUUUCCUGCCAUCCUUGACAGUGCCUGACAAGCAUCGCCAUGGGUGAAAUGGAGCAAUUGCGAAAGGAGGCAGACAACCUCAAGGACCAGAUCACUGCGGCACGUAAGGCCGUGCAGGACACAACCCUGCAGGAGGCCGUGGGCGGCAUCAACGUGGUGGGCCGCGUCCAGUUGAAGACCAGGAAAACACUGAGGGGCCACCUUGCCAAGAUCUACGCAAUGCACUGGUCCACUGACUCCAAGCUGUGUGUGAGCGCUUCACAAGACGGGAAGCUUAUCGUGUGGGACAGCAUCACGACCAACAAGGUGAACGCCAUCCCGCUCAAGUCAUCAUGGGUGAUGACGUGCGCCUACGCCCCGUCUGGCAACCUGGUGGCAUGCGGGGGUCUGGACAACAUGUGCUCCAUCUACAACCUCAAGGGCAAGGACGGCAACGUCAAGGUCAUGCGCGAGCUGGCGGCGCACACCGGUUACCUGUCCUGCUGCCGCUUCAUCAGCGACAGCGAGAUCAUCACCAGCUCUGGAGACUGCACUUGCGUGCUAUGGGACAUCGAGACGGGCACCCAGAAGACUAUCUUCGCAGGCCACCAAGGAGACUGCAUGUCCUUGGCCGUGUCCCCGGACUUCAAGUUUUUCAUCUCGGGAGCGUGCGACUUCACGGCAAAACUGUGGGACAUCCGAGAGGGCAACUGCAGACAGACAUUCGGGGGCCACGAGAGCGACAUCAACGCCAUCGGGUUCUUCCCCAAUGGCAACGCGGUCAUCACGGGUUCCGACGACGCCACCUGUAAGCUGUACGACCUGAGGGCCGACCAGGAGCUCAUCACCUACCAGGACUCGAGCAUCAUGUGCGGCGUCACCUCGCUGGCCCCCUCCCUGUCUGGACGUCUCCUCCUGGCUGGAUACGAUGACUUCAACGUCAACAUUUGGGACUCGCUUAAAGCAGAGAGAGUGGGAGUGCUGGCCGGCCACGACAACCGAGUGAGCUGCAUCGGCGUAUCCUCCGACGGCAUGGCGUGCUGCACGGGGUCCUGGGACAGCUUUCUCAAGAUUUGGAACUGAUGCCUCGCAGCCGGCGUCAGAUGUGCAUUCUGGGAUUUCUUCGGGAGGGUCACAGGCGGGCGUGGUAUUUCAUUGUGCCAAUUUUUUAAGUUGGAAAAAUUCCUCUCUGUUAGUUCAUUAUUACGAAGUGGUCACCGGCUGUCGGUCUUUAGGCUGACUAAACAUGAUGGUAUGGAUGCUAUGCUGUGUUUUAUAUCAAGCUAACUUGUUUUUAGGUUGUUACUUUUCCGUUAGAUGCUUAAGUUGACUUCUAAAUAGAAUUACAACCCUACUUUGGAGGUUUUUGUGUUUGCUUUGAAUGUGAUGUGAAGGUUUGUUCUGGACCCAAUGCCCCCUUCCUGACACAAAUGUGAGACAGCCAACAGGUGGGAAAACAAAAAAAGUGGUUCACAUAGCACUUAAAGUACCAGCAACUGACCAUUUGUCUCAGGACUUAGUCAUGGAUGCUUUUUUGUGUACAUUAGCACUUUUUUUUUUUUUUCGGGGAGGGGUGCGAAUUUAUUGUAAAUACGAGUCAUCUUUUUUUUCUCCACCAGAUGAAAUCAUGGGUACAAUAGUUUGAUUGACGGGUCUUCUUAUUAGGAUUUUCCAACAGAAGCCAAAGUUUAGCAGAUCUUCACACCCUGUUUAAUAAAGAAGGAAUACUACUGUGCUGGUUUUAUGGGCUCACUAUUUCUGUCAGUAAUCACUUUGAGGUUCUCAGUUACAAAUUUACAAUAAAAUCCAAUACAAACUAGUUUUCUCUAUCAAUUUACAGACACUGUCCAAAUGCACAAGACCUUUUGCACCACGAGGGCCAUAUCUUGCCCAUCCCUGCUUUAAAAAAAAAAAAAAAAAAAAUCUGGCAUGUCAUGAAAUUGUAAAAACAGAAUACCCUGAGAAAUA